AGAGAGAGAGAGAGCUCUUUAUUCCAUGGACUUGGACUGUAACGAUGUAUUUUGUGAUUUCAGCCAUGAAAGCUCAAAUUGAAAUCAUUCCCUGUAAGAUCUGUGGAGAUAAAUCUUCAGGGAUCCACUACGGGGUGAUCACCUGCGAGGGCUGCAAGGGUUUCUUCAGACGCAGUCAGCAGAGUAACGCCUCCUACUCCUGUCCUCGCCAGAAAAACUGUCUGAUCGACCGGACGAGCCGCAACCGCUGCCAGCACUGCCGCCUGCAGAAGUGUCUGGCUGUGGGCAUGUCCCGAGACGCCGUGAAGUUCGGCCGCAUGUCCAAGAAGCAGCGGGACAGCCUGUACGCCGAGGUGCAGAAGCACCGGCUGCAGCAGCAGCAGCAGCAGCAGGGCGGCCUCCUGCUGUCCCACCCCGGCCUGAGCGGGCCGGUCCCGGGCGAGGCCGAGCCGCUGUCCCCCUCCUACAGCCUGACCGCCGCCGGCCUGACGGAGCUGCAGGACGAGCUGGGAGGAUACAUGGAGCAGCACUCGCCGGAGGCAGGCUCCGCCUCCUCCAAGGUCUGGGGCGUGGCCGGGUUCUACCUGGACAUCCAGCCGUCUCCCGACCAAUCAGGAUUGGACAUCAACGGCAUCAAACCGGAGCCGCUGUGCGACUACGGAUCCGGUAACGGCUUCCUCCCGUACUGCUCCUUCAGCAACGGAGAGACGUCGCCCACCGUCUCCAUGGCCGAGCUAGAACACCUGGCGCAGAACAUCUCCAAGUCGCACGUGGAGACGUGUCAGUACCUGAGGGAGGAGCUCCAGCAGCUGAGCUGGCAGGCCUUCCUGCAGGACGAGGUGGACGGCUACCAGAGCAAGCCGCGGGAGGUGAUGUGGCAGCUCUGCGCCAUCAAGAUCACCGAGGCCAUCCAGUACGUGGUCGAGUUCGCCAAACGCAUCGACGGCUUCAUGGAGCUCUGCCAGAACGACCAGAUCGUCCUGCUGAAGGCCGGCUCUCUGGAGGUCGUCUUCGUCCGGAUGUGUCGGGCGUUCGACACGCAGAACAACACCGUCUACUUCGACGGCAAAUACGCAGGACCCGACGUCUUCAAGGCAUUAGGCUGUGAUGACUUGAUCACGUCGGUGUUUGACUUUGCAAAGAGCAUGUGCUCGCUACACCUGUCAGAGGACGAGAUCGCUCUGUUCUCCGCCUUCGUGCUGCUGUCUGCAGACCGCACGUGGCUGCAGGAGAAGCUGCAGGUGGAGAAGCUGCAGCAGAAGACGCAGCUGGCUCUGCAGCACGUCCUGCAGAAGAACCAGAGGGAGGACGGCAUCCUGAGCAAGUUGAGGUGUAAGGUGUCAGCGUUGCGUUCGCUGUGUGCUCGUCAUUCAGAGAACUUGUCGGCGUUCCGGGCGGUGUAUCCGGACAUCGUGCGUUCCCACUUCCCUCCGCUCUACAAGGAGCUGUUCGGCCCUGACAUGGAGCAGGCGCUGCCGGCGGAGGGAUAGAGCUGAGCGCACGCCGCCGCCGCCGCCACCGCCGUCCACCCGUCUGUCUCUGCACCGUGACGCAACGCUGGACUCUGAUUGGGCGGAGCCAGGUUUCCAUGGUGACACAGGCUGAAACGUUGAGUCUCGUGGCCGAAGAGGAAACUGUCGGCGACGAGGCCGCUGCUCUUCAUGGACGCUGCUGAAACCUGAGGGAUGUAACUCCUCCUCCUCCUCCUCCUCCUCCUCCUCCUGUUUCGUUACCGUUGAUGAUGUUUUCUGAGCAGCGAGGAGCGACUGGCCUCCUCUCCGCCUGCAGUGACGCGACUCGCCUCCAUUUUGUGUCUGAAGUCAAAUCAGUCUCAUGUGAAAUCAGUCAAUUCGCUCUCCAAACGAUCACAUGUCACUUCCUGUUAUGAUUACAGAAAAGGAUUCGGGCCACAAAAAAAUUUAAUUAAAGUAAAACAACAACAACAACAACAACAACAUGUGUUCUGAGAUCUCUGAAUUCUGAGACUUAAGUUUGAAUUUUGA